CGGCAGCGGGCUUAACUCACAAGGAUAAAUAGGGUGCUCUUCAAGAAAAAGAAAAGAAAGAAAGGGAGGCAUUUGUCUUUCUUUAUUCUAUUUGGCUGCCGAGAAAAAUAUGGAAAAUAAAAGGGGCCAAUUGCUCCUUUUGUUUGCACAUUUCAGAUUCAGAAACUAACUUUCGUCAGCUGAAAUUUCAAGAAUUUGGGAUUUUUCAGUUCCCUGUUUGUUUGCUUUACCUUUUCCGUGUUUUCUCGGUAAACAAACAGCAAAUCAAAAUGGGAGUUAGGAUUUGCUCAAUUGAAUUUGAAUUCAUUGUUUCGCUGUACUCGUUUGAUGUUUAGGUUUAGGGUCUACAAUGGCAACAGCUACGUACCCACCACCGCCGCCAUUUUACCGGCUCUACAAGGAUUACCUCCAGGACCCUAAAUCGGCUCCGGCGCCGCCUCCGCCCAUUGAAGGGACUUACGUUUGUUUUGGAGCCAAUUACACGACUGAUGACGUGCUUCCAAGCAUGGAGGAGCAGGGUGUUCGCCAGCUAUAUCCAAAAGGACCAAAUGUGGAUUUCAAGAAGGAAUUGAGGUCACUCAACAGAGAAUUGCAGCUGCACAUUUUGGAGCUCGCUGAUGUUCUCGUCGAGAGACCAUCACAAUAUGCUAGGAGAGUGGAGGACAUAUCUCUUAUCUUCAAAAACUUGCACCAUCUCCUGAAUUCAUUGCGGCCUCACCAGGCUAGAGCAACACUCAUUCACAUUCUAGAACUCCAGAUACAAAGUCGUAAACAAGCUGUGGAGGAUAUUAAAAGGAGAAGAGAAGAAGCGCAGAGACUUCUCAAGGAGUCCCUUGGAACGUUGGAACUCUCAUGAUUGUUCUGCCCACUUAACUGAAGCUUUUUGGAAGUUUUAGCUUUAGAAGCUUUGUAUAUUUGUGAUUGACACCGUCAGUGUUAUAUGUUUAUGUAUUGGAAACUAUUUUUCCCUUUGUUUUCUCUGCUAUAAUCUAGAAAGAGAUAGUUCCUUGGAUCAUUCCCUCUUUCCUUUAUUGGUUUUAAAAAAAUACUUAGACGCACCAUGUUGAGUACCAUUACUAAUAAAAGUUAAGCUACAUUUGUGGGUCCUACACUAUGGAAUUCACUUUUUAUUUGUGAGU